CCGUCCUUUUAAAUGAAGAGAUUUUCCUCACUUACUCAGGACAGGGCAAGAUACGAAAGAUAAAGAGACCUGAUGUUGCCUUUUCGACCCCAGGUGACGCCUACAGGCGCCCCUGCACCAGGGCUGCAUUCCCAUGGGUGUCGGACGUAGUUGUUCGGUGGGCCAUUUACAGACGUCAAAACAGACCACCCAAGUACAGGUUACCUUACCCUCGUGAUGAUGAUGGAAAUAAUGGUUUCCGGGAACUCAGAGGCGUUACGUUAACUCACCACCCAACAUGAAAGCUGGAGCCAAUGCCAGACGCGCACGGCAACAGGGUCACCAAGGGUAAAAAAAUUCAAAUCGGCCGGCUACGCCUUGAAAAAGCUUCUGGAGCCGUCAAGGUGGAUAGAGGAUCGGCCAAGAUGGUCAAGCUUGGACCAAUCGGGGCAAAAAUUGAUUGCUCGUGGUAUGAGCCUCCUUGUUUCCAGGUUAUCGCUAUCAAUCUUACACCACGAGCUGACCUCUCGAGAGCCUGCUGGAUGUCGUUAGAAGGCGAAGGUUUGGACGCAAUGCCACCGAAACUCGUGUUCCCAUUUGCCCCUCCGGCAAUGCCAUCGAAGGCCUCAUUUCACUCGCAUCUGGCUGUGAAAAGGCUCAUCUUCUUUUCGGUCUCCCACUUCGUAAUUGUUAAAAACUUCAAAGAAGACCCUCUCUUCGACUAAAACCAGCACAGAUUGAAAGUCCGGGGAUGGCCAAUCACACCGAGAUUAGUUCAAGCUUGUCUCUGAAUCGGCGAUCCAGGCCGCUGGGCUUAUCGCCCAGAACUCACUGAUGUAUUGCUAUCUCCAGGUCGGUGUCUCGGAGUCAACUGACAUGGAAGCUUAUUUAGCGCCCCAUGUUUGUAUCAGCCAUGAAGUCAGCCUACUGUCGGAUAGGUGUAGGUUAAUAUUUCCCUGCAUAAUAACUCUUGCAUAUCUGUCGUCGAGUUGAAUUGUCAUUUUAACCAUGAGGGUGUCGGUGUCCAACAAGGAAUUCCAGGUCCAGGUCCAACAACCAGACAAAUGCAGUGCCACCCAUGUCAUGACAUGAGAGACAAUUUGACAAACGACGGGGAUGCUCCAGGUUCCAGAUUGCGGAAUCGGCCAUACCCCAACACCAUCAUUCGCCAAUAGGCGCCGGUCCUCAUUCCCAUUACAUAGCUUUUACUCGAUUCCAUCUACAAUGUUGUUGUCGGGACAUAUAGAUAGAGAAUUAGAGUAAUUUGCUUUCUCCUUUUCGGUUCAUGUUAGCCUGAUGAAUGUAUCACAAGACCACGGCUGGUCCGUCCCUUGAUAUUGACCUGGUCUAGUACCUGUUUGCUAAAUCAACCCCUCAUCACCACCUAACAGUACGGCGCACAUUAAGCAGACAAGACCAUGAUGGAAUUGACCUCUCCAUUUUUGGCCUCUGCGGCGCAGUGAUUCCCCCACGAUUGGCACGUAUGGCGCGAUACUACCUCCUCCACACUAUCAUCAAUCCAAUAUCAGGUCGGAGAGGGGAGCCGAUGUCUCAUGUACCUCAUCACUCCUCACUUCUCCUCAUUUCAUGAUGGUGACUGCAAUGCAGCCGAGGCAUACUGGCAUGAGUUGGUCGGAGAGGAGGAUGGUCUAACUCAUGAUCUCUGUCUGGGCACGGAAUACACAAGACAGUUAUAGGUUGCCGCACGAGCUGAAGCAUCAGGCUUGCAUAUUGGACAGGUCAGUUGCACUUACUUCAGCUUUGUCGCCGACAGGCCGAACUUUGAUAGGGCAGGCGCUUAUUAGUUAUCAGUCCCAGCAAUAUUACCCGUAAAUGGCAGUUGUUUUUCACUUCAGAAUACACCUAUCUAAUGUAUUGACUUACAAACCUUCCCUCAAUUUCUCAACCUCUUCUCUACCCUUCUUCCACCUUCACCAUCAUGAACGAUCAAACCACAAUGUUACCAACCAUUGCCAAGCCCAUUAAAACCACCCUGAGGCUCUGCCCGUGAUCAACCUUAUUAGAGUGUUAAUCAAUCUAAGCGGGCAGCCGGUCGCACCAACCAGCAGAGGAACAGUAUACCGGUACUACUGGGAGGUCAACAAACGAUCCAUGACUUUACCUGCCCUCUACGAACGAAACAGAUCUUCGCAUCCCCGCGGGAGCGAAGCGACUAGGAACGCACGCUCCCGCUACUAAAUUGAGGUCCGGGUCCCAGGUCCAUGAUCCAGGUCUUGGUCUCUUUCUCCUUUGGAGCUGGAGACCCAGUUGGCCGGCGGCCAGAUAUUUGGUGGUAUUCAACCCCAAAAAGACAAAGACCAGGGCAGAAAGCUGCCCACGAUAGAAGUGGAGGUGGUUGAGGAAGUGCCGAAGUAGCGUUCAAAUUAGGUAAAAGUAUCCAGGCAGUACCACGACUCUCCAGUCAAAAUUUUUCAACCCGAAUCCAUUUCUCAUCGACUUGACAACACGUCCAACAUCAAGCUGCCUAUUUGUUCGUGCAACUGAUAGCGGCGUCGUGGGAUGGCGAUGAAGCCCUUGUUGGUCACCAGACUCGCAAACGAAAUGAAAUGAAACGAAACGAUUCUAUGCUAUACCUGUUGAGAGCUCUCCAUCGUGGCGGAUGGCUUCCCCUAGUGUGCGGUACUGUCAUGGUUAUUACUGUGGCGGAAGCAUUGUUGACUUGACUUAUAGUGGACUGUGCAGUUUCUUAAUAGAUUGGAUGCUUGAAGGCAUUUUCAGAAUUCCUUGGGGUAUUUUUACUUUAUUCAAUACAAAUCACUGAUGUUUUUCAUUACGAACCAGUCUAGAAGACGGUCGAAACAGUCCAUCGCUGGGACUUCACGCUGCCAACAAUGAUUGAUGUUGCUCUUGUGCAACUUUGAUUUGCAUGAAUACCUUUUGGUCCUCCAGGGUUAAUCGGCUCAGGGGUGGUUUGCCGGUCACCUGCUCAAUACACGGCGUACGGACCCGGGCGUCAUGCUCUAGAACCCUGGUUUUGUUCUAGAAGGUUCAGAUUGCGAAUUGGCGGUCUAUCAAACGCAAUCACACGACCUGAUCAAUAGAUAUUACUUUCAAUAUUGGAUUGCACUGCAAGCCGACAUUCUCAAACGUACAAUAUACUUCGGCCGGAGUUCCGUGCUGUUUAUAUGGUG